AUGGACUCGCUAAAAGAACUGGUUGAGUAUUUGAAUUUCGACGCUCGGCUUGAUCUCCAAGCUGUUGCUGUACAAAAUAUUCUUGGUCUUACAAACACAGAGAAAGGCAGAGAAAUGCUGCUGAGCUGUCCGGAAAUUUUACGACAGUUUAUUUUACUCUGCCAAGUUGAUUCCAAGAGACUAGCUGUUGCUAAAGAUGCGGCACGUGCUCUGAUAAAUAUAUCUGGUGAUGAAGCGGGUGCUAAAGCUUUGCUACUUAUUUCAGAGGCUUCUAAAUGUGAAUUAAAUCAACGACCUACUGAUAAUCUUAUUCACGUUUGCUUCAGUUUUAUUCUAGACAAAGAUAAUUCCCUUGCAGAUCAAUGCUGUAUGAUUCUGUCAAACAUGACAAGACCAGCGGCUCUGGUUGAUCGGAUAGUUAGUCUUAUUGAGAAGGCUGAUUGCAAAUGGGAUAAAAUUGUUUACGCAUUUGCUUAUGCUGACAAAUAUAACACGAAAGGUGCUAAGCUUCAUUAUCUUGGACCGACGCUGAGUAAUUUGAGUCAGUCUCCAAUUGUCAGAAGUCGUUUGAUGGAUCGAGACCUUCUCAUAAUUCACAAGCUUCUUCCUUUCGUGGAGUACAAAGAUAGUUUGGUGAGACGAGGUGGUAUCGUAGGAACACUUAAGAAUUGUUGUUUUGAUAUUGAGAAUCAUCUUUGGCUUCUUAGUGAUCAAGUUGACAUUCUUUCGCACUUACUAUUGCCUUUGGCUGGUCCAGAGGAAUUUGAUGACGAAGAUAAUGAUAAAUUACCAAUUGAUUUGCAAUAUUUACCUGCUACCAAAGAACGAGAACGUGAUGUAGACAUCAGAACUAUGAUUUUGGAAGCGCUGUGUCAAUUAUGCGCUACUAAAGAAGCGCGGGAAAUAAUCAGAGAAAAAAAUGCUUACGUUAUUCUCCGGGAGUAUCAUAAGUGGGAAAAAGAUAAAGCUGCCUUGCUAGCCUGUGAAAAUGUUAUUGACAUAUUAAUCAGAACUGAGGAAGAAAUAGGAAUAGAUAAUUUAAAACAAAUAGAAGUUCCUUCUAAGUAUUCGGAAAAAUUCCAGGAAAUUGAUAAAGAAUUUCUCAAGGAAUGA